GGACCUGUCCACUGAGGAGAGACAGAGGAGAGCAGAGCAGGAGGAAAGAAGAGACACCUGAGACAAGAGCGAGACAGAAUAAGAAAGGAAACAGAGAUUUUUAAAGGAGAAAUCCAGCUGAGAGCUGAAGAAUUAAAAGAAGACUAGUCAGUAGAAAGUAAUUCUUCAGAGGGAGAAUUUUAAGUAAAGCUGUGAUCUGUCUGUGUGGAAGGACCGUCUCCAGUAUGUUCCUCCUCCUCUCGUUGUGCAUGUGUGGUCUCCUGCUGCGAGGUGACGCACAGGACCGAGCUGCUCUGUGGAGGGGAAACGACCGCAGCGGACGAUGCCAGUACACCUUCACCGUGCCCAGCCCCGCCGAGACCAGCUGCCCGCAGACCGGAGGACCCGAGGUGGAGGGCCUGAAGGCCAGGCUCAGCAUGCUGGAGGUGCUCGUGGCCCAGAUGACCGCAGGGGCCACGGGGGGUCCCCAGAGAGCCGGAGCCAGACCUCAGCCUGAGCUUCAGGAGGCGCUGAACCGGGCCGUGGGGGAGAAGAAUCUGCUGCAGGGGGAGAAGGAACGUCUGGAGCAGGAGGUGGGGGAGCUUCAGCGCAGGAUGGAGGAGAUGAGGAGGGAGACGGAGAGGCUGAGGAACAGACCCUGUCCUCCGCAGACCCCCAUGGUGCCGCCGAGCCCCUCUCUGCAAGGCGGUGGCCUGAUGAGGCCUGCCGGGGGUUCCAGUCUGAUGUCUCACCUGAUGACCAGGCCCAACAGGCAGGGAGACAGCAGCAGUUUGAGAGACUCGGCGUGGCAGUAUGGAUCUCCAGGCUUCCAGGAGCUGAAGGCCGAGGUGACGGAGGUACCCGCCCCUGACGCCUCCGAGGACAACACAGGUUGUGGGGAGCUGGUUUCGGUUGGAGAGCCGGUCACUCACAGGAAGGCCGACAACAUAGAAGGUAAAUAUGGUGUUUGGAUGCAGGAUCCUGAGGGUGUCUCCCCUUACGGAUCCAACAUGGUCUGGCGCAUUGACACCAUUGGCGCUGAUGUCAGGAAGCUCUUUGGGUAUGAGGACAUGGAGCAACUCUCUAAAGGCUUUCCAUCCAAGGUCCUCCUGUUGCCGGAGCAGGUGGAGAGCACCGGUGCCACUGUGUACCGAGGCUCUCUGUAUUAUCAGAGGCGUCGUAGCCGCACCCUCAUCCGAUACGACCUGGCCUCUGAAAGCGUCGCGGCCCGUCGCGACCUCCCCCACGCCGGCUUCCACGGCCAGUACCCCUACUCCUGGGGAGGCUACACGGACAUAGACCUGGCUGUGGACGAACAGGGGCUGUGGGCCGUCUACUCCACCAGCAAAGCCAAAGGAGCCAUUGUGAUCUCGCAGCUGGACCCACACAGUCUGGAGGUGAAGAAGAGCUGGGAGACCAACAUCAGGAAGAACUCCGUGGCCAACUCCUUCAUCAUCUGCGGCAAGCUGUACACCGUGGCCAGCUACACGGCGCCCGACACCAUCAUCAACUACAUGUACGACACUGAAAGCAGCCAGGGGAAGGCCGUGAACAUCCCCUUCAGGAACAAGCACCGCUACAACAGCAUGAUCGACUACAACCUGGCUCAGAGGAAGCUCUUUGCGUGGGACAACUUCCACAUGGUGUCCUAUGACAUCAAGCUGGGUCGCCCGCAGGCCAACUAAGGUCGCCAUUAGUGACUGCUGAAAAGUGACAUUUGCUCACCUGUUCCAGCUUCAAAGACUCAAAGCUUUAAAGCAUUAUGUGUGUGGUGGUAGAAAUUACAAAGCCAACACCGUCAGAGUCAAUGUGUAGAAGAGCCCAACUACCAAACCCAAAGUGAAAUGAAGAAGUUUGAGGAACAGUGUCCCCUGCAGGUCUGCUUUUUCUUUUCUUCAGUAGGGAGGGGGGGCUUUCGCUGUGGCACGGUCCACAAACAUGUUUUUAGAGGAAUUAUUUUUGUACCGCCUUUUAUUCAGAUGUAUGAUUUUCUUGUUUUCUUGUUAAGCUAUAUAUAUAUUGAGGUUUUACAGAUGAAGCAUAGUUUAAUUUCACAAGCUAAGUGGGAUAAUUAAUGCAACUUACAACACAAACUCCUGUGGUACUACACCCCCGACAGGGUUUCACCAGCAAGUGUUUAUCAAAUAAACCGCUCUCACUCAGCAUUUAUUGAAUAUUGCAUGUACUUGUACAUUUAAUGAUGUAAUGUUCAAAAUUCUCAUGAAAUAAACUCCUUCUAAAACUUCAA